AUGGAUCAAGAGAAGAAAAUCCAACUUAAGAGAGUAUUUGGAUAUUACUGGGGCACAAAUUUUUUGAUAAUUAAUAUGAUUGGUGCAGGAAUUUUUGUGGCUCCCAAAGGGGUCCUGGAGUACUCGCGCAUGAAUGUGGGGCUCUCCUUGUGUAUUUGGAGUAUCUGUGCCGUGUUGUCCGUGGUGAGCAGUCUCUGCUAUGCCGAGAUAGGCAUAACCUUCCCGUGCAGUGGGGCUCAUUACUACUUUCUCAAGAGAUGCUUCGGCUCCUUGAUCGCUUUCCUGAAACUCUGGACAGAAGUGUUUGUGGGGUCAGGGUUGGUCGCUGGCCAAGCCCUGCUCUUCGCUGAGUACAGCGUCCAGCCUUUUUAUCUCAGUUGCCCUGCCCCCGAACUACCAAAGACGUGUCUAGCACUGGCUGUGCUGUGGACUGCGGGGAUUCUGAACUGUCGCGGUGUGAAGGAAGUGACUUGGCUGCAGACAGUUAGCACGGUGCUCAAAAUGGCCAUCCUUGGCCUCAUUUCCCUGGGCGGAGUGCUGCUGCUGCUGAGAGGGAAAAGGGAGAAUGUAGGAUGGCUUCAGAAUGCUUUUGAUGCUGAGUUUCCAGAUGCUUCCCAGCUGACAGAAGCUAUCUUCCAAGGAUACUUUGCAUUUUCUGGAGGGGACUGCCUUACAUAUGUAGCAGGGGAGCUGAAGAAACCUAGAAAGACAAUUCCCAAAUGUGUGCUUACAGCAGUCCCUCUAGUGACCGUGGUUUAUUUGCUGACCAACAUCUCCUUCCUGACUGUUCUGACACCAAGGGAGAUUCUGACUUCAGAUGCUGUGGCUAUCACAUGGACCGAUCGAGUUUUUCCUUCAUUAACAUGGGUUAUUCCCUUUGCUAUUUCUGCCUCAUUGUUUAGCAACCUUCUGAUUAAUAUAUUUGAAGCAUCGAGGGUAACAUACAUCGCCAGUGAAGAGGGUCAACUGCCUUUAUUGUUUUAUAUGCUCAACAUUCACUCAUCUCCACUUUUAUCUGUGCUUCUCAUUGUCAUAAUGGCAUCCUUUGCGAUUGUCUUAACAAGCCUCAUGGAUUUGAUAAACUAUCUUUAUUUUAUGAUUUCAUUUUGGUCUGUGUUAGCAAUGAUAGGGAUACUGAAGCUCAGAUACCAGGAGCCUGAUCUACCUAGACCUUAUAAGGUAUUUUCACCAUUUAUACUGGUAACAAUGGCUGUCAGCCUGUGCUUGGUUCUUAUACCGUUGGCGAAGUCUCCAAAAAUGCAUUAUGUCUAUGUACUUCUCUUUUCUUUCAGUGGACUUCUGUUUUAUAUCCCUUUUAUACACUUUAAAUUACGACCGGUUUGGUUUGAGAAGAUGACUUGCUAUUUACAGCUAUUAUUUAAUAUUUGCUACCCUGAUAGAUCGGAUGAACAGAUGUCAGAAGCAGCAACUUAA